UCGAACACAUUAGGAAAGCUUAAAUGGUAGCUCCCAAAUUGAUAACCUUGAUGAAGAAGUGUUCAACUCUGAAGCAGGCAAAUCAAAUCCAUGCCCAUAUCUUGAUCAAUGGUCUUACCCAUCUUCAACCCCUUUUAAUCCAUCACAUCCUUCUCCGCGAUGUCACUAACUACAAAACUAUUGUACACUAUGUUCACUUAAUUCUUCACCAUCUGCGCAAUCCAGAUUCCUUUUCCUGGGGUUGUGUUAUUCGAUUCUUCUCUCAAAAGGGUCAAUUCAUUGAAGCCGUUUCUCUUUAUGUUCAAAUGCAGAGGAUGGGGUUGUGUCCAAGUUCAUAUGCUAUAUCCUCUGCACUCAAGUCAUGUGCUGGGCUUCAGGAUAAGUUGGGUGGUGUAUCAAUUCACGGUCAAGUUCAUUUAUUUGGAUUUAAUACUUGUGUUUAUGUACAAACGGCACUUCUUGAUUUGUAUUCGAAAAUGGGCGAUAUGGGGAUUGCACGGAAGGUGUUCGAUGAAAUGGCUGACAAAAAUGUGGUUUCUUGGAAUUCCCUGUUGUAUGGAAUUUUAAAAGCUGGCAACUUGGAUGAGGCUCGAGAUUUUUUUGAUGACAUUCCCAAGAAAGAUGUCAUAUCUUGGAACUCUAUGAUCGCUGGAUAUGCCAAAGGAGGAAAUAUGGAUCAUGCCUGUUCUUUGUUUCAACAAAUGCCCGAGAGAAGCCUGGCCUCCUGGAAUACAAUGAUUGCUGGUUACAUUGACUGUGGAAACAUAGUGUCAGCAAGAGAAUUUUUCGAUGCAAUGCCGAGGAAAAACAGUGUCUCUUUGAUAACAAUGAUUGCUGGGUAUUCAAAGAGUGGGGAUGUUGACUCUGCUCGGAAGCUCUUUGACCAGAUGGAUGAGAAAGAUUUGUGCUCAUAUAAUGCUAUGAUAGCUUGUUAUGCUCAAAAUAGCAAACCCAAGGAAACUCUCGAACUAUUUAAUGACAUGCUUAGGCCAGAUAUCUAUGUACAUCCAGAUAAGAUGACUUUAGCUAGUGUUAUAUCAGCAUGUUCACAAUUGGGGGAUCUAGAACAUUGGUGCUGGAUUGUGUCACACAUGAAUGACUUUGGAAUUGUAUUGGAUGAUCAUUUGGCUACUGCUUCGAUUGACCUGUAUGCAAAGUGUGGAAGCAUUGACAAGGCAUAUGAGCUAUUUCAUGGCCUGAGAAAGAGGGAUUUGGUUGCAUAUUCUGCAAUGAUCUACGGAUGUGGAAUAAAUGGUAGGGCAUCUGAUGCAAUCAAGUUAUUUGAACAGAUGCUUAGAGAAGGUAUUGGUCCUAAUGUAGUCACUUACAUUGGACUCUUAACUGCCUAUAAUCAUGCUGGAUUGGUUGAAGAAGGUUACCAAUGCUUCAACUCCAUGAAGGACAAUGGGGUUGUGCCUUCAGUUGAUCACUAUGGAAUCAUGGUUGAUCUCUUAGGAAGGGCAGGAUGGCUGGAUGAAGCAUAUAAGCUUAUAAUAAAUAUGCCAAUGCAACCCAAUGCUGGAGUUUGGGGAGCUCUGCUUCUUGCCUGCAGAUUACACAACAAUGUGGAGCUCGGGGAAAUAGCUGUCCAGCAUUGCAUUAAGUUGGAGAGUGACACAACUGGUUAUUGUUCUCUUCUUUCUAGCAUAUAUGCUACUGUUGGAAAAUGGGAUGAUGCUAAGAGGUUGAGAAUGAGUGUGGAAAGAAAUAAAAUCAUCAAGAUACCUGGAUGUAGUUGGACACAACUAAUUUAA